AUGCAUGCUUGUAUAAAGCAUAUUCCUCAGGCUCUCUUAAGUCAGAAAGAGAAAAAACAACAAAUAUUGGUUAACUAUAUAUCACAUUAUUCAGAUUCAAGUGUUUUAGAAAAUCAUAAUGUUUUGCAAAAUUGGCCUUUAAAUAACAAUAUUAAGAAGAUUGUUCAUCAUGCUUAUAAACAACCUAUUGCAUUAGCCAGAAAU